AUGAACCAAAGUGACGGUAACGAUACCCAAGCAAGGAAAGCCACCGAGUUCGACGACUUGCCCACAGAGAUCCAAACCAAGAUCGCUCGAGAAGCACAGGUCCCCAGGACUAUUAUUAUUCAGGGUUGUGAUGUGGUUGGAGUGAUAAAGCCUGCUGGAACAACACUGGAAGAAAACCUACUCCGCGAGACUAGUCAAUACGUUACGGAGUUGUUAAUGCCGUAUGAGAACCCGACACUCCUCCAGGUCAACCACAAACUGCAAGAUAUAACACUUCGCUACUACGAACAAAUCCUCCAAAGCGCUAUCUCGGUGCAUGGCGUCUUUUACGACCACAAUAAAAAGACAGUUGUACCAAAGCAUAAAGAUGAACUGAAACCUAUAAUCCGCUUCAACUUUGAAGUUGAUACGCUAGCAUUCAGUCCCAAUUUUGCGGUACGUGAAACUAUCCGGAACAAGGAAAGCGGUGAAGUGGAAAGUCUCCAAUACGCCACUAGUGAAAAAAGAUCCCCAGCAGAUUCUUUCGGGAUUCUCAAAGAUUUACUGAAGUCGAAGAAUAAUGUGGAGAGAGUUGAAAACAUAGCUAUAGGGGACUUUAGGUGGGCCAAGGUCAGGAAUGAGCAGUAUCACCAUGAUGAAGCUCGACAACCGGCGAAGGCUUUUAACGAUCAAAUCAAAAAUGGCUUCCGAAACCUCAAGAACCUGUUUCUCAUCUACAACGAGAUUCAUGAUCCUGAUGACGAAGAUAUGGUGUUUUACAAGCUUGAUACUUCUGAAGACCAAGGUACAGUCAGAAAAAAAAUCAUUGCGAUGUUCGAAAAGGAGAAACGGCAAUCUGCUUGCAAAGUCCCGAAGAUCACUUUCAUUUCAGAUAAUGAUGAAAAAGCCCGACAGUAUCUACCAAAACUGAACAUUCCAAAACGUCACCUGGACGGUCAUUGA